AGUUCGGUCCGCGACGGGCGAUUCGAACGCUUCUUAGCAACGUUAUCCAUCUUAUCCGCUCAAAAGCUGCAGCAAAUUCAAUUCCAUUUUCAUUUACCGCACUUGCUGAUUUCGCUAAAAUUUUUGUUCGAGUGUACCGCUUGUUUUGUGUGCCAAAAAAACUUCUGUUAUCCGCUCUGCCAAAACGACGACUGAGCACACGCCGUGUAUAAUAACAAUAAUAAUAAUAGUCGUAAAAUAAUAAUAACCGCAUAUAACCAUAACCGUCGCCCAAUAAAACUGUGGCUCGAGUGAACCGAUCGGGAUAUACAUAUUAAAACCAUGUCGGUCGAUUUGAGUGGACAGCAGGAGCCGACCAUAUCGGUGAUAACCACAGUUCCGGUGGCCCAAAACGGUGGCGAAAUGGACGCCCUGCUGCUCGGCAGGAUUGGGCAUUCGGAACUGGUGGCCAUUUCUCCGGAGCGCCGCAACUGGCGUGGCAUCUUCAUCGCCCUGCUGGUCAUCGCUGCCGUUUUUAGCCUGAUCAUAUUCUCGAUCUUCCUGCUGUCGCCGGAGGAUGAGGGUCUACGGAUCCGUGGUCGCCGGAUGCUGCCCAGCGACAUCCUGGGCAGGAGCCUCCAGUGGAAACCGUUCAACGGCACCUGGAGCAAUGGUCGUGAGCUCAUUUAUCGCGAUCCAACGGGCGGCCUAUCCAUUCUCAAUAUGGCCGAUCUUACCACACGCAUCCUAAUGACCAAUUCAACAUUCCGCCAAUUGAAUGCGGAAUCAUUUUUAGUCGCACCUGACCAAAAAUACGUACUACUGCAGUCGGAUUCAAAUGCCGAGGGCUCCAGACAUCACGUGUACGAGGUGCAGACGGCCAACACAUUUCCGUUGGGUCCAACGGAGAACAUAGCCGAGGCGCCACGCCUCCAGCACGUGGUGUGGGCGCCAGCGAAUCCGCCGCCACCGCUUGGAGCACCACCACCCAGUGGUGCAAGUGGUGCAAAUGGUGCCAGCGGCGCCAGCACCACGACAAUGGCCCCUUUGCCCAGUGGCAGCAUAAUCCUAAACAGCCUGGCUGGGGCUGCCAAUGGACCAGCAUCAGCCGGAGCCUCCGGCUCCUCCGCAACAAAUCCGAAUGGCAAGGCCGGCGGUUACACUUUGAACCAGGCCAUCGCCUUUGUCCACCACAACGACAUCUACUACAAGCCCAAGGUGCAGGGCGAACUUGUGUGCCGGAUAACGCAGACGGGUUCGGGUUCGCUGGAAGGCGAAUCCACAGGGGUGGUGUUCAACGGGGUGCCCGAUUGGAUGUACGAGAAUGUGCCGGAGCUGGAGAGCCGCCGGAGCAGCAUGGAGUUCUCGCCGGACGGACUCUUUUUGGCCUUCCUCAGCUACAAUGACAGCGAGGUCAACGAGUACAAAUACACUUGGAUGGGUGAUGAUAUCAAAUACCCGGCGGUGAUGAGCCAACGCUAUCCCAAGACGGGUUCCCGCAAUCCGAAUGUCACGGUCAACGUGGUGAAUCUCUCGGUGAUCAAGUACAUCUUUCCCACGCAGAUCAAGCUGCCGAGUGAGCUCUCCAAUGGUAGCUACGUGGGCGGCUUGACCUGGGCCUCGUCCACUGACCUGUCGGUGACGGUGACCAACCGCGAGCAGACCAAGGCCACCACGGUGCUGUGCAGAGCUCCACACUUCCAUUGCCAGGCGGUGCACACGGAGGUGACCAUCAACGAUGGCUGGGUUCUGCCAUCGGAACGACCCAUCUUCUCGGUCCGCAACCAGGGCCACAGUCGGCUGGGAAAGCUGGUCCAGAAUGCGGAGGAGAUCCAGGCGGAGAGUCAGAAUGUGAAUGUGACGGAUGGCCAAACGCACACGACACAUGAGAUCAGCAAUGGUGGCUAUCUGCUAAAGCGUCUGCCGGUUCGAGAUGGCGAACACGGUCACUACCGCCACGUGGUCUUCAUAUCCUCGCUAGACCGACGCCCCGUGCCGCUGACCAUGGGUCGGUUCGAGGUCACCGAGAUCGUCGGUUGGGAUGAGCCGCAUGAGAUCGUCUACUUCAUGGCUGCGCCGGAGAAGAGACCUGGCGAACGGCAUUUGUACAAGAUUAACCUGAAGCUCAAUGUCACCGAAUCGAAUCGGACGUACAUCACCUCCACAUCGCCCACCUGUCUCACCUGCGACAACACGGAGUCCACGUACCGGCUCCACCGGGCCAGAAUCUCGCAGCGUGGCGAUCGGUGGGAGGAUAUUGUGGCUCGACUGGAGCCCGACGAUUGCCUCUACGAUAUACCCAAGAAUUGCCUGUUCAAUCGGGUGCAGUUCAGCCAGGACUACAGCUACUAUGUGCAGGAGUGUCUGGGUCCGGAGGCGCCCAGUGUCUACCUGGUGGAGACGGCCAGCAAUGACAAGAUUUAUGUGCUGAACGCCGGCGAUGUCCUGCGCCACCGACUCUCCCAACUCGCCAUUCCUCAAUCACGCACCUUCAGCGUGGAGAUCCGGCACGGAUUCCACGCCCAGGUGCGUCUCUUCCUGCCACCCGGAAUGAGGGAGGAGGAGGACGUGGCCUUUCCACUGGUGCUCCACGUCGAUGCCUCGCCGGGAUCACAGUUGGUAACAGAGCGCUUCCACGUGGACUGGAACUGGUAUUUGGCCAGCCAGAGGAGUUUUAUUGUGGCCCAGAUCGACGGGCGUGGCAGUGGCUUCCAGGGCGAAUUGCUUCGCACCCAGGUGCACGGAAAACUGGGCACCGUCGAGGUGGAGGAUCAACUAGGAGUCCUAACGUACCUGCGGGACAACCUGAAGUUCAUCGAUCCGCUGAGGAUUUGUGCCUUUGGCUGGGGCUACGGUGGCUACGCCUCCUCCAUGAUGCUCAUCGACGACUCGCAGCAGGUGCUCCAGUGCGCGGUGGCGAUCAAUCCCAUUGUCAACUUUGGAUUCCACUAUUCUUUCUUCACGGAGCGCUACAUCCCGCUGAAGGGCGACUAUUUGCGUGCCCUCCAGGAGGCGGAUCUCACGAUGAAGGCGGGCAACAUCAAGGGCCGCAACCUGAUGCUAAUGCACGGCACGGCGGACACGCUGGUCCACCAGGAGCACACGCUGAUGUUGGUGCGGGCGCUCGUGGAGCAGCAGGUGAAGUUCCGGCACCAGGUGUAUCCCGACGAGGAUCACGCCAUCGCCAGGUCGCUGAGCCACGUCUACAAGACGAUGGAAUGGUACUUCGAUGAGUGCUUCGGCCCCGUCGACAACAACGAGUGGGACCCCACGGGUCUGUUCGUGUUCAAGCAAUAAUUAAGACCCCCCUACGAUCCUUACGACGAGGAUCCGCUGGCCAAUCAGCUCAGCGACAUCGACAUCGGGCCCGCCACCGAUGCGCAUACGGAUGCGGAUGCCGCAGGCGAUUCCGCCGGCAGCAAUCUGUCCACCCUGCUGACCGCCACGACGACGAGCGCCUCGCUGUCGGCGCUCGACGAACUGGACAACCGGCUGCAGGCCCUGGACCUGAUCACCUCCUCCACGGCCACCACCCUCAGCAAGGUCGCCGGCAAGCUGUGCAACUACAGCAGCAAGCGCCGACUCCACCAGUCGGAGGCCGUGCUCGCCCAGAAGUCGCGCAUCCUCCAGCACUAGAGGAUUCACCCAAGGGGUGUCCUCCUCCGUGUGUCAAGCGUGUAUUUCCCGGGCGGGCAGAUCUAUCCUCAUUUCACUUUCGACUUCAGUUUGCGAAAAGUUUUUACAUCUUGAUGCUGUUUACAAGUCAAGAGCACGCUCUAAAUAAUGUUGAUCAUUUUCAAUUAAUUCUAUUUUAAUUUUAAUAUAAAAGAUUUGAAUUUGUGGCAGGCUUUAAAAGAUACCUUUCAUAAUUUCCUAUAAAACCAACAAAAUUUUCUUUAACUUAACAUUCCCAAUCCAUCAACUAACAUAGGUCAGUUUUAACAUUUCCUACUUGAAGUUGGCUGCGAUAACACAGUUGAUCAUUUUUAAGCGCUUACGCCAAUACAAACACUUAUACGUUAUACAAGCACAUGCUUACUUAUGUUACAUAUUAACAUGCUUUUUUAUACUUACUUACAUUACUUACAUUAUAUAUACUUACUUACAAAUCAAACUUUAAGUGUGACAGUUGUAUCUUAAUUAUUUAUUAUUAUUUUCUAAAACCUGCAAUUUCUCUAUCACUUAUUUAAAGAAUUAUACGAAAUCGAUAUAUCAAGUCCGCUGAUUGCUGACGAAAGUGAAAAUGAGGAUAAAGUAUUCAAUUGCAGGUCUUCUUAAAGUUAAACCUAAUUAAUUUAAUAUUCCUAAAUUACCACGUGCAAACUUAGCUUCCGCAAAUUUGUAACGAAUGUGAAAACGAGGAAAGGUCAUUUUGUGUGAAAGUGUGGAUUCUCCAAAGGCAUUAAUGGGUACAAUUCUUUGGCAAAGUAGACUAGAUUUUGAAAACCUUUUAUUUUUUGGGAGAAAGUAUUAUAAGUUUUGUCACUUUUGAAAUUUAUAAAAAUCUAAAUGGCAUUCAUGGUUAUCCAAAUUUAAAUAUUUCUUCAAAAUGAUUUGUCAUUUUUAUAAUACGAGCUAGGAUCAAAAUAUUUUGAAUAGGUAUAAAUUAUUAAAUUAUUAUUAUUAUGCAAUUUAGUUUAGUUUAGCUUAGGUUUUUUUUAUAGCUCGAACUUGUAGAUCGUGUUUUUUCCCUAGAAUAAAAUCGAAAAGGUUAAUUCAGAGACGAGCCAUCAAUUGUCGAGAGCUAGUCACCAAAGUCGGCCAACUCGACUAUAUAUCUGUAUAUUUCGGUUGAUAUGAUUUCGCCGGCGAGAAUCGAGUGUGAAUGCGAAUCGAGAAAACAGAGUAAUUAGAAACAAAACCAAAGCAAGGUGAUUCAUUUAUGCGACUGAUUAUUAACAUAUGUGUAUUAAAUAAUUAACCAAACUGACGGAGCGAGGGGGGUGACGAUGGUGUAACGGGCCGGCGAGAUGUCGAUGUCCUUGACGUAAGGAUACAAAUGUAGGGGACUUACAUUUACCUAAUUGCAAAUGGCGCACCGAAUGCAGCGCGAUAUGUAUGAGUCAUGGUGCAUGUAAUUCGUUUAGACCUCAUUGUUGUUUCUUUACGUGUUCGUUUCGAUGUGUAUAAACAUAUAGUUAUAAUUGACUGAACGUUAUUUUUUUGUAUAUAUUAACGAUUAAAUUUUAAAUGAGAUGUGAAAGCGAGAUUGAGCGCGCUAAUCGAAUUCGAAACUUAUUGAAACAAUUACACAAGUCAUGUCCAAAUGAAAGAUGGUGGAAAUAUCUUUUAAAUAGCCAACAAGUGUUUGUGAGUAGUCAUGAAGAAGUAGUAGAAUUGAACGCUUAAUGCCCCAUUGAAUGUUUGUGAUAGUCGAGAGUAGGUGACUAUAAAAUACCCUGUACUCCAUAGAUACUCAUCCCGAUCCCGAUCGUGAUCGCGAAUGCGAUUCUUCUCUCCCGACUUUCGGUGUGCAAAAGCUUUAAUCUUCAUAUCCAUUCGACGUUCAAUGCUGUGGAUACAGGGUAUUUCCAGCUGUCGAGCAUCCAAAACAGAUCUAAUUUUUAAUCUAAAUAUAUAUGGAGAGUGGAUGGAGCAGAGAUUGUGCCACACUAAAGACAAGUCCCAGGCUUGCAAAGCCCCCUAUGUAUAUCGAUCGCAUUGGAUCAGGACACAUAUGUUUUAUACAUAUGUAUAUAUGUACAUAUGUGGGGGGAAUUGGUGUGCUUUAGCGAGAACUAAACCAAGAAAUAAACAAGUGGCGAAACAAUUUUUUUUAGAUUUUUUUACCAUUAACAUUAAACGGAAGGAGGAAGGAGGAAGAGUUCCAUAUUUGAAAUGGGAUGUACUUGUCAAAAGCUUAGGUGUUAAAUGUUGCGUCAAUAAGCGAAACCGAACUUGAAAUUGAAAUUUUAUUGUAGCGGGGCCGACGAGAGGCCCCCGACUUCCGGAAUCCAACUAUAACUAAGAAAUCCAGAAAACACAAUAUAGUCAAGCUUUAAAUGUUGUACACGAUGGGGGGUCGCAGCCACUUGAAACACAAGUUAACUAAACCAAAAGAAGAGAAUGCCCAAAAACAGACCCGAGAAUAAAUAAAUGUUAAACUUAACUAAACGAUAAAUGCAUAUUUAUAAAUGUUUAAAACAACAAUUCUAUAAUAAACUAAAGGAAAACUAUAUAUGUAAUUGUGCUAAGGCAGAAUUUAAUGUAUUCCAAGCUACCAAAGCGACAAAAAGCCAUUAACUACGUGGAACCAAACAAUGUAAACGCAAAGCUAACAACAAAUGCAAACUGCAACAUACAACUCAUUUCCCUAAAGUACAAAGGAAACGAUGGAAAACCCACAUAUUCGGGCAUGCUCCGGUAAUCGAAUUCGUAAGAAUUUUACGAUUUCGAUUUGAAAUUAUUUUUUUAUAUUAAAUUAGAUCUUAUAUUCAAAAGGGGAAAAAAUAGUUUACUUAUUCCACAUCACCACAAGAUCAUUCUGUUAUUUAGGUAUUUUAUAAAAUAUGUAUUUCUGACCCCACCUUAAAAUUUGACAAACAAAAUUUUGCGGUCGGUAACAAAAAGAUUCGAUUUGGCAAGGGAAGAACUCCAUACUGUUGGUGAAACGAAUCAGGCGAAUUAUAUAAAGGAGGGCCAAAAGUGUUGUUUGUAAAUAAUGAUAUUUAAUUUAAUUACUUAAAUGGUCAAAGUGGAGUAAAAACGUAAUUGCGAAUAUUGGAAUUGAAACAGUGGCAAAGUUGGCCGCUCUAUUGUCUGGAAACAGCUUAAACACUGUUACUGAUUACAAAUCAUUUCGAUAGCAACAAUUUUGCGAAAACCGGAGCAGCUAAUAACGAAGUCGAACGAUUUUUCUCAAAUCGAAAUCGAAACUAAGUUACGAUUACCGGAGCAUGCCUGAUUAUUCAGUUGAGCACAGAAACCACACCAUCUAACACAAAAAAGACCAAAACUGGACAGUAUUGAACGAAGUGAUUUGGUUUCAAGACAACAUCUCAGCAUAAAGUAUUCAAGCCGAAAUCGAACAGAAUCCAAAUAGAUAUAGCGAAAAAACGAACAAAACUAUGUAUUUCCAACAAACAGACACAAGUAUACCAACAAAGCGAUCCAAAGCAACUAAAAACCAAAAAGCGAAACAAUAAAGACAUUUUUGUGUGUAUGUAAGAUUAAAUAGAAAAAUCUGGUUUUGAUA